UAGGUACUGGCACUGCUGCCUGCAGGGAGCUCUACCGUAGCUGAGCUCUUCUGAGGAGUCUUCAGCAGCUGCAUUGUGGAAAAAGUCGGGUCAAUUUCUCAGCUUCUGAGUCCAGUGCAAAGUCCACCCUGCCUCUUGAGAUUCAAUUUGACAGAAGGGAGAAAAAGCUUUGUUUUCUUGGCAUUCCGGUGUCGCAAAAGCAACAAUCUAGCCAUUGAAGGAGUGUUGAGAAUCGAGAUAAUCCAUGUAGAUGCAGCCUGCCAGUGCUGCCGAAUGCUGAAGAGGAGUCUGAGAUAGGCGGGAGUCAGUUGAGGCGUCGAGAAGUAGGUUGAAGGGGUUUAGCGCCUCAGGGUUGUCAUCUUUGUCUGAGCACUCCCUCAGCUCUGCUUAAGAGGAUAGUGGCUGUCAAGGCUUCUUGAUUAGGCGAGUCGCAUUGAUGGAGUAAAACAACGCCUGCUUUACAACACCCCAAAAGUGUACUCAGAUCUGGCCGCUAGCAAUGCGAGGCCAGAACGCGAUGGAUUUGGAGCUCAUGAACCAGAGGAAUGGCAGGAAUGCCCCUCGGGGAAAUGGACCCCAUGUCCGGUUUGGAAGGCCGGCAGUACCCUUCGAUGGUCCUACCUCUGAGAUCGAUGAAGAGGAGGAAAGGCCUACAAGGCCUAUGGUCCCCAAUGCUUCUCCAGAGGCUGUUGCCGAGUACCUCUCGCAGUACAAGAUGCCAGUCAGGACACCACUGCACAUCAAGGUCAACUUUGUGCCAGUUUUACUCCUGAUCUUCUACCUCUGUGCCGCCGCCUUCUACUUUUACGUCCGCAUCACGAAGACACUCGUGACUGGCCCAGUCUUUGCGUAUGGAAUCGUGGUUCUUGUGGUUGAGUUCCUAGGGCUCUCUGCCACUCUGCCCUAUGCCAUUCUCCUCACCAUCAGCCUUGUUCCCAAAGGGAGUGCCACUGGGCUACCAGCUGAGGAGGAAGGGCUGAAUUCAACCGAGCGUUUCAAUUUCCAUGUGCGGGUUCUAAUUCCCUGUUACAAGGAGGAUAUGAGCGUCAUAAAGCCAACGGUGAUGGGGGCCCUAAACGCUGAUCUCCCAAUGGGGGCAAAGAGGACCGUGUAUCUUUGCGAUGAUGGCAAUGAGGAGCCCAAAAAGGUGUUUAUUGAGCAGCUGGCGGCUGAGGGCAGGGACGUGGAGUAUGUCAGUGGCCGGAAAAAGAUUCCUAAGGACACAAAUGGAAAGUCUAGCAACCUCAACAACUGCCUCAUGAACGUAAUCUACAAAGAUUACCGGUAUCCUGGGACAAAGGAGAUCAGCUGGGAGAAGAUCCCAGAGACUGAGAUCAUUGUGGUUUUCGAUGCGGAUAUGGUGGCCAAGAAGCACUUCUUCCUGCGCAUCCUGGAGCCUCUCACAAACCCCAAAUACGCUCUUUGCCUAUCACCCCAGGCCUUUCACAAUAUCCAUCCUGGCGCGGACCUCUUCAACAACAUCAACCUCCAGUUCUGGGAGUACUGGCUACCCGGUGCCGUCGCCUGGGGUUACAUCGCGUGCACAGGGACCAACUUUGCCAUCCGCGCCAGACCUCUGGCGCACUGCAAGUUCUUCCCCACUUACACCAUUACGGAGGACUACGCCCUGGGUAUGGAGCUCAAGAAGCAUGGCUACAAGGGUUCAUACCUGCUGGACUACAUUGCCGAAGGAGAAGCGCCCGAUGAGGUCCGCAACGUUAUGCGGCAGCGCAGCCGCUGGUGCAAGGGCCACAUGCAGGUGUUCUUCAGUUGGAAGUACAGCCCCCUCACGCAGUGGCGCCUGAGCAUCUUCCAGAAGCUGUGGUACUCGUACGGCACCUGGAGCUACAUCGUGAACGUGAUCGCGACCCCCGUCUCGCUCCUCAUCCCGUUCCUGUCCCUGGGUUUCGGCCUUAACCCCGUGAUCAUCAACUACUGGUUUGCGGCAGGGGCCACCAUGUACUACCUGGCAAUCUUCCUUGUCCAGACCUACUUCCACCGGCUGGCGCACAUCAAGUCGCUGUGGUUUGCCAACAUCAGCAACACGGUCCUCUGGUUCACCUACACCAAGGCCGUCAUCAACGUGCUGUUGUCCAAGUUCGGGCUCAAGGGCGGCGUUGGCUUCAAGGUCACGGAGAAGAAGGUCGCCGAGACAGCGCUCGCCCUCCCCUUGGCCGCUGUCCAGCGCGGGUUCAACCGCGUCCUUUCCCGCGUCAGCAGCCGCCGCCGGGACGCCCCCCCGCCCCGUCCUUUUGAGGGGGUCACCUACGCGAGCGUCGAGAAGGCUGAUGCCCCCACUCCGGGAGCCACCCCUACCUCGGUGCACGAGUUUCAGCCGGGGGGGGCUACGCCCUCCGGCGAACGGGCACCCCCCGCUCCGUACAGCCCGCUUCAGUCCCAGGAUAGCAGUGGCGUGUCGGUUGUGGGGACUCCCGGAGGCCCUGUGAAUCUGACGGUGGUCGUGAACAACCCCCGGGAAACAGAGCCGCUCCUCUCAGAGAGCCGCCCGCUCCCCCCGAAGCGCGCGCCGUGGUACAAGCGGUUUGCGUCCAUCUUCGUGGCGAAGAAUCUGGUGGACGUGGGGGGCGUGCUGGACCCCACGGUGCUGUACAUCAUGCUCGGCUUCUGCCUGGCGGUCGUGGGCAUGGCCAUCUGGCGCACAGCUACCACGCCGGCAGGCGGACGCGGUGCGCGCUACGUCAGCCUCUCGCCCUACGUCGGCCUGCCCCUGUUCUGGGCGCUGUACAAUUCCAUCGCACCCUUCCUGUUUGUCGUCUAUUCAUUCACGUCCGGCAAGCCCUUCAGAAAAGCCGCCGCGUGGGGGCAGUUCCUGGGAACACUGACGUUGCUGGGCGCUGUCGUCUUGCUGUGGGCCACUGUACCCGUCGACUUCAACAUGAAGGAAGCAACGUUCAAGGCCGGGAGCUACCUGUCGCAGCUGAGGACCAACGCGGCUUCCUUCCAAGACAUCGCCGCCAUUAGCAACGGCACCGCUUCUCAGAAGGACGUCACGGGAGGGUGGCUUAUCGGCAGCGACCCGGUCAAGUACGGGAUGCCCCUGGCCACCAGCGCUUCUCUCCUGGCCUGGAGCAUGCUGGAGUUCCCUCAGGGCUACAAGGAUGCGGAGGUCUUCGACCAGUCGCUACAGAACGUGGUUGCAGCCGGGACCUACAUCCUGAACAACUGGGAUCCGACCAAUUCCGUCUUCGUCGCCCAGGUGGGCGACCCAACCAAAUACCUCACUGAGGGUGACGCCCCCUCGCUGGGCUCCAUCUGGACGCGCCUCCAGAAUGACCCUAACCUCGGCACAGCCCGCCAAGCGUACAUCCUCGACAGCACGCACGUCGGUGUCGACCUCCUCGCCGAGAGCGCGGCCGCCCUCGCGCUGUCGUCGGUCCUCGUGCGCAACUCUGGCAACACGCAGCAGGCCGACAGCUUCCUCCAGGGCGCCGAAACCCUGUUCACGCUCGCGAAGUCCACCCCGGGGCAAGAGCAGUCGUACUGCGCAUUCGUCCCGUGCGGAACGACGGUGUCCAAGGCGAAGAUGGUGCCUGUCGUGCCGCUCCCCGCGAGCGCGAACCUGGACCCCGCCGAGAUCAAGUGCUGGGUGCCUGACUUCCCGCUGGCCACGUGCGGGUUCCUGAAGGACGAGGGGCUGUGCCUGAACGCGGCCCAGACGGCGCCGGUCUACACGCGCCGCAGCAGCUGCUGCGCAUUCAUGCGCUCGGCAGGGGUGUGGCAGAACCAGACGACUCCCCAGGGCGCAUGCGCCCUUCCCGAAGGCCAGUUCGAGUGCUUCGUCCCCCAGCUACAGACCCGCGACUGCCUCACCCAGACCAUCAGCCUGGAUACCGGCAAGGGCUGCACCGGUCUCGGCCAGGACUUCUUCCCCACCCCCGAGUCCUGCUGCAACCAGCUCACCAAGAGCCAGGCAAUCACUGCCUCCGCGCCCGGACGUGGAGUCUGCGCCCUGGGCCCCUCCACCUGCUUCGUGCCGAACACCGUCUCGCGCUCCUGCGUCCAGCUGAACUCGACUUCUGGAUCGCAGUGUGCUGCAUUUGGGGCGACUGACCAGUUCGACUCGGCGCUCACGUGCUGCAACUCGCUCGUGGCCAAAGGGGCCAUCAACAGCGACAGCCCCGGCCGGGGCUUGUGCGGAGACACCGCUCUAUCCACGUGCUGGGUUGCCGACCUUGCGGGAAAGCGCUGCAUCAAUUUGCCGUCCGCGCUCCCCGGUUUCGAGGAUGCCAAGUGCGCCGAUUUCAAUUCGAAGACCCGCUUCGAUGACAAAGCGGCCUGCUGCAACGGGCUGUACGUCAUGGUCGGCGGCGUGGGGCCUUUCUUCGACCCGUCGUGCGCGCCCCCGCCAACGCCCGCUCCAUCAACGCCCGUUCCCACAGUCAAAGCAGUAGUCACAGCAGCCCCGGUUCUGCCCGAACCCACGCUCCCCGCGCGACGCCUCCUCGAAAAUGACGUGUCACCCAGCAACAGGCGGCUUCUCCAAACCGUCGACGUGUCGCCGUUCCUGAACCUGCCGCAAAACGUGCUGGCGCAGCAGGAGCAGAAGCUGGUGCAGACGACGGUGCCCGUCGACUUUUACCCCAGCCAUACGGUGCUGGAUGACCUCUCGUGGGCUGGCGUGGCGCUGUUCCUGGCGACGGGGCAGGAGCGGUAUCUCGGGGACGCGCAGUUCUACAUGACGCAGCACCUGGCGCGCGAGGCAGUGGGCGCGCAGGCGAACACGGAGGCGGGUUACUACGUGUACAACUACGACACCGCGGUCUGGGCGGCCGCCAGCGUGCUGGCCCGGGUGACCGACCUGCCGCAGUACCACGAGCAGAUCCGCACCUUCCUGCGCGCCUGGGUCGAGCUUACGCCGCCCAAGAUCAGCCCCGACGUGCUCGCGGCCAAGCAGCUGGCGUCCCAGGCGGUCAAGAACCAGAACAUGAUCAAGGAGAACAUCCAGACGUUCAACAACCAGUCGUUCCUGGUCUUCGACGGCUGCACCCCCGACCGCAACACCACAAAGGAGGCCAAGCUCGUCGCCGCGCAGCUCGCGCUCAAGAACGCCGCGCUCGGGGCCACCGGCCCAGUGAUCCUUACCGACCCGUUCGCGGUAACGUUCGAGGAGAACUGCAACGACGGGCGCGACAACGACUGCGAUGGUCUGACGGAUAUGGAGGACCCCGACUGCCCCUUCAUGCCCGUGCAGUCGACCGACCUGUCCCUCGCGUGGACCAAGGACGCGCCCCUGCCCAACGCCGCCGCGGCCUCCUUCCUCGCCCUAAUCUAUUCUACCUCAAACAAGACGAACACGGACCAGAAGCGUGGCCUCAAGUGCUGGGCCCUGGGCCAGAUGCGGUACAUGAUGGGCGACAAUUUCCUGUACCCCGACAGUUGGAGCUAUGUCGUCGGGUUCGGCAACAAGGGUUACCACCGGCCUACCCGCAUUCCGGACCGCGAGUCGUCGUGCCCGGCGGACGCAAACCAGCCGUGCGACUUCUUCAACGGCUACUUCCCAGGGCUGCCGAACCCGCAGCUCGGCCUAGUGACCGGCGCGCUCGUGGCGGGCCCAAACCUCGACGAUACAUUUACAGACAGUCGGACGUCCAACAACACUCGGGUUGGUGCGGAUUUCCAGACGGCGUUCCUGGCGGCAAUGUCAGGCUUGUUAGACAUGGGGGUAGAUGUCAAGACCUGCGGGCAGCUACAGGGGGUUUACAAUGACGUAUUUGACUCGGGUGAUUUGUAGGGGAUGGAAAUACAGGUGGUCGGUCUAAUGGAUGAUGUUUAUUGGGGGGCACAUCCGCUUAGUGCUUUAUGUAAUGCUGGACAUAGGUGGUCUGUUCUAGUCCUGUGGAGUAGUUAGAUGGGGCCAUAAGGGGUCCCGAAGAGGUGGCCCGCACUGUUUUCGGUGCUUUGUUCUUCCUUAGAGCAAGAAUAGUCAAACCUUUUAAUUGAUAGAAUGCAAGUGGGAGUGAAGCGAACUGAAGGUAGAUUGAUUUGAGAACAAAGAGUUGAACUUGCUACAGCAUGGCAAACUGCACAAUCAGUGCGACUUCUAUGCUACGCUGUGUAAGCCAAUCUGCAUAUGUUCCGAAUCUAGCUUGAGUGCA